AUGAUCAUAGCACUAGCACUGAGACAGUCGCAGGUAGUCUUCCUCAGUGUAUUUGUGGCCAUCUGCCACGCUGGUGUGCUGGUAGAAGACAACCACCAUGCAGUAUCCAGUCAGAGCAUCGUCCGUCACGAUCAGCCGGCCCAUCAACUGAAUACACACUUUGCCACUCCUGUUCUCACCCACGCAACUCCUAUCAUCCAACACGCAGCUCCUAUCAUCCAACACGCAACUCCUAUUGUCCACCACGCCACCCCCAUAGUGCACCACGCCGCCCCCAUAGUGCAUCACGCUGCUCCCAUAGUGCAUCAUGCCGCUCCCAUAGUGCAUCAUGCUGCCCCUGUAGUCCAACACGUCGCCCCCCUGGUUCAACAUCUCCAGGCAGCCCCAGUUGAAGUCCACGCUCAGCCCGAAGAAUACGCUCCCGCGCACUACGAGUAUUCUUACUCCGUGGAAGACCCCCACACUGGUGACCACAAGUCGCAGCGCGAGUCCCGCGACGGCGACGUGGUGAAGGGAGAAUACUCCCUGCUGCAGCCUGAUGGCUCCAUCCGUAAGGUCGAAUACACCGCUGAUCAGCAUAGCGGCUUCAACGCGAUCGUGCACACUUCUUCCCCGCACGCCGCCCCCGUUUCGCACGCCGCCCCCAUUUCACAAGGCGCUCCCAUUUCACACGCCGCCCCCGUUCUACACGCCGCCCCCAUUGUCAAUGUGCUGGCCAACCACCAUUAA